ACAUUCCAUCCAGCCGGCCGCAAUCGACAGUGGCGACCUCCUCUUCAUUUCCGCUGCGGCCAGACACGUACCAGCAAAACACACGAGUUUUGCAAUCCUCAGCUGAAAAUCAAGUGAUCUUCGGUAUUGACUGCGUAUAAACCUCGCUCGAAAUGGCUGGUACCCUAUACACUUACCCGGAAAACUUUCGCGCAUACAAAGCGCUGAUUGCGGCCCAAUUCUCCGGCGCUAAGGUGACCGUCGCAUCGGACUUCGUUUUCGGCCAGACCAAUAAGACCGAGGGAUUCUUGAAAAAGUUCCCCCUUGGAAAGGUUCCGGCUUUUGAGACAGCUGAUGGUAAGUGUUUAACUGAGAGCAAUGCAAUCGCUUAUUACGUUGCAAAUGAACAGCUGCGUGGGAAGACGGAUCUCGAGAAGGCUGAGGUUCUCUCGUUCCUGUCGUUUGCGGAUAAUGAGCUGAUGAUUCCGGUGCAGGCUUGGCUCUUCCCAGUUAUCGGAAUCACCGUAUACAAGAAAAAUGAGGUUGAGCGUGCCAAGCAGGACCUGAAGGCCGCCCUGGAUGCUCUGAAUGCUCGUCUCACUCACCAAACUUUCCUUGUCGGAGAACGCUUGACGCUGGCCGAUAUUGUCGUUUUUGCCACGUUGCUGAGUGCUUUCGAAAGUCUUUUCGAUCCUACCUUCCGUGCUCCCUUCGGAAGUGUCACACGUUGGUUCACGACAGUUCUGAACCAGCCGCAGGUUAAGGCUGUCGUGAAGACCAUCACAUUGUGCGCGAAGGUCGCUGAAAUCGACCCGAAGAAGGUUAUCGAGUUCCAUGCUAAGACCUCAACGGCUGCCCCGAAAAAAGAGAAGAAGGAGAAACAACAGCCCGCAAAGAAGGAACAGCCAGCAGCGAAGAAGGAGCCCGAGCCGGCCGAAGAGAUGGAUGCCGCUGACUUAGCUCUGGCAGAAGAACCCAAAUCCAAGGAUCCGUUCGAUGCUCUGCCCAAAGGAACAUUCAACUUUGACGAUUUCAAGCGUUGCUACUCCAACGAAGAUGAGUCCAAGUCAAUCCCAUACUUCUGGGAGAAGUUCGACCCGGAGAACUAUUCCAUCUGGUACGGUGAAUACAAAUACGCCGAUGAGCUGACCAAGGUGUUUAUGAGUUGCAAUUUGAUCACGGGAAUGUUCCAGCGGUUGGAUAAAAUGCGCAAGCAAGCAUUUGCCUCGGUCUGUCUUUUCGGAGAGGACAACAACAGCACAAUUUCCGGUGUUUGGGUCUGGCGCGGUCAGGAUCUCGCCUUCACUCUGUCACCUGACUGGCAGAUAGACUACGAGACGUACGACUGGAAGAAGCUGGAUGCCAAAUCCGAGGAGACGAAGAAGUUGGUGGCACAGUACUUCGCUUGGACCGGGGAGGACAAGAGUGGUCGCAAGUUUAACCAGGGCAAGAUUUUCAAAUAAGCUCUACCACACACAACAUGUCGCCAACUACAACUCUCGAUAGCAUUAGUCGCGCUUUUCCUCCCUCUUGUGUAGGAACAAGGUGAGCAACGUUUCCACUGCUUCCGCUCUGCUGUUCGACUCUCUCUUGUGCUCUCCCUCGCCGAACGAUGCAACAGCACCAUCGAUCAACUCAACAACAGUGAACGAAACAAGAUCAUAAAUAAAAAAAACACGUGAACUUUGUUAUAACAAUAAAUAAUUAAGUACUUUGAAUAA